GCAGGGGGAGGUGAGCAGAGCCGAGCCGAGCCUGCAGGCGAGGAGGAGGACGGCGAGAGAGGCCCCGCCCCCGCCUCUCCGAGCCGGCUCCUCACCGCCUCCGAACCCGCUCACUUUGCCUCUCGCCUCUGGACGGCCGCGGGCGGCUGCCGGAUCCGCGGCCGGAGGGAGCGCGGGAGACGGGGAGACAUCCUGCACCGGCGCCUCCUCUAGGCGCCUGCACCCCUCAGGGGGUUGGCGCCGCCGCCUUGGAGAGGGCAACCCGGCGGCGGAGGGGGCAUCCCCCGGGCGCGAGGGGCGGCGGCGCUGACACAGCCUGGUUCCCUGCCAGUGGGGAACAGCGCUGGCGCCAGGGGGGACUCCCCAGCCAUCUUCAGGUACCGCAGCGUGGAAGGCGCGCGGCCACUAGCGACGGUGGGCUGCCUUAGAGGCUAGAGCCGAAGGGCUCCUGGGCCGGCUAAGGGCAGGAGCGGACUCCCGAGGGAGAGCGGGCCCCGACGGCGCGCUCUCCCGUCGGCCAAGGGCAGGCAGGCCCUGCACGGAGCCUGGGGAGCGGCCAGGGCUCCGGGUUGGCUAGCCAUGACCUUCGGGCGCAGCGGGGCGGCCUCGGUGGUGCUGAAUGUGGGUGGCGCCCGGUACUCGCUGUCCCGGGAGCUGCUGAAGGACUUCCCGCUGCGCCGCGUGAGCCGGCUGCACGGUUGCCGCUCAGAGCGCGACGUGCUCGAGGUGUGCGACGACUACGACCGGGAGCGAAACGAGUACUUUUUCGACCGUCACUCCGAGGCCUUCGGAUUCAUCCUGCUCUACGUGCGCGGCCAUGGCAAGCUUCGCUUCGCGCCGCGGAUGUGCGAGCUAUCCUUCUACAACGAGAUGAUCUACUGGGGCCUGGAGGGCGCGCACCUCGAGUACUGCUGCCAGCGCCGCCUCGACGACCGCAUGUCCGACACCUACACUUUCUACUCGGCCGACGAGCCGGGCUUGCUGGGCCGCGACGAAGCGCGACCUGGCGGGGCCGAGGCAGCUCCUUCCAGGCGCUGGCUGGAGCGCAUGCGGCGAACCUUCGAAGAGCCCACUUCGUCUCUGGCCGCGCAGAUCCUGGCCAGCGUGUCGGUGGUGUUUGUGAUCGUGUCUAUGGUGGUGCUGUGCGCCAGCACGCUGCCGGACUGGCGUGCCGCGGCCGCAGACAACCGCAGCCUGGAUGACCGGAGCAGGUACUCCGCCGUCCCUGGGAGGGAGCCCUCCGGGAUAAUUGAAGCUAUCUGCAUAGGUUGGUUCACUGCAGAGUGCAUCGUGAGGUUCAUCAUCUCCAAAAACAAGUGUGAGUUUGUCAAGAGACCCCUGAACAUCAUUGAUUUACUGGCAAUCACACCGUAUUACAUCUCCGUGUUGAUGACAGUAUUUACAGGCGAGAACUCUCAACUCCAGAGGGCUGGAGUCACCUUGAGGGUGCUUAGAAUGAUGAGGAUUUUUUGGGUGAUUAAGCUUGCCCGUCACUUCAUUGGUCUUCAGACACUUGGUUUGACUCUCAAACGUUGUUACCGAGAGAUGGUUAUGUUACUUGUCUUCAUUUGUGUUGCCAUGGCAAUCUUUAGUGCACUCUCUCAGCUUCUUGAACAUGGGUUGGACCUGGAAACAUCCAACAAGGACUUCGCCAGCAUCCCUGCUGCCUGCUGGUGGGUGAUUAUCUCUAUGACUACAGUUGGCUAUGGAGACAUGUAUCCUAUCACAGUGCCUGGAAGAAUCCUUGGAGGAGUUUGUGUUGUUAGUGGCAUUGUUUUACUGGCAUUACCAAUCACUUUUAUCUACCAUAGCUUUGUGCAGUGUUAUCAUGAGCUCAAGUUUAGAUCCGUUAGAUGUAGUAGGAGCCUCUCCGCUGAGUUCCUCAAUUAGUGCAGUGCAAACCAGUUCUUGCACACACUCCAUAGA